AUCCAUGAAGCUCUUCAUGAAAAACAUUUAAGAAUGUAUUUUUAAUACACAUUUAUGAGUUGUUAUAAAAAAAUUCACAUUUAUGAAAAUCUAAAUUUUACGAAGUUCUUAUACAUAUUUAUCAAUAUGUUCCUAAAUUUUGUGAAUAUAUUAUACUUAUUCAUGAAUCUCUUCCUAAACUCAAAUUCAAGAAGAUAUAAUACAUAGUUAAGGUCUUACUAAAUUUUUUUAAGAUCUUUUCAAGAAAUUUUUUUUUUUAAAUAAUUUUUUGAUUUUAUAAAAAUAUUUCUUUAUUUUUUAUAUUUUUAGAGAAAUAUUUUAAUCAUGAUUUACCUCUUUAAUAAAACCUAUUUUAGUUAUUUUGACCCCUGAAGAAAAAUUUGGGAAGAAAAUUUGUUUUGGGGUAUUUAAGACUAUUUAUUUCCCAACGUAAAAAAAGGGAGGAAAACGGCGAAAAAAUGGCGAUUGCCGAUUGAAGAUGGUUUUCUUUUCGAAUAUUUCUGUCUCUGCGAGUGUUGAGAAUCUGAUUACGAAGUAUUGUAAGAUCAAGGGGGUUUGGGAGGAUCUAAAUGAGGUGGUGAUUUUUGAAUCAAUUUUUCUGGGAUUUUGGGGUUUUCCCAACGAAGAGUGUUAUAGGAGAUUCUGUAAACAUCAGAUCGGGGAUAUGGGAUUUGUUUUGCUGAUUAGCUAUUCGAUUUCAUUAAAACUGGAUUCAUGCGAAGGGUGGAGAGCGGUCUAGAAGGAUUUCUUCAAAAGUGUUAAUUAUGACUCAAGGGCAAUGGUUCGUUAAGUCUGGGGGACAGAAGAAGCAAGUACCGAGUGUAGGCUUGAAGAUUUCGAUCCCGAAGUUUGAUAACUCCAACCUCAUCAUGGGGUAUUCAAAGACGCUGAUUGGCCGCUGUAUGAAUCCUUUCAAACAGGAUAUGCAGGAUUUGCUUUUCCAUCUCCCAAGAAUCUGGAAAGUGGAGGAGAGAGUGGUGGGUGCGGAUUUGGGACUUGGAAGAUUCCAAUUUGAUUUUCAGGAGGAAGAGGAUAUCACCGAGGUGCUUAAGAAGGAGCCUUUCCAUUUUGAUAACUGGAUGUUAUCCAUUGUGAGAUGGGAACCGGUGGUGGAGGAGAAUUACCCUUCCAAGAUCACUUUUUGGGUGAGAGCUAUUGGAGUUCCCCUGCAUUUUUGGGCGGAGCCAACUUUUAGGAGCAUCGGUGAGGCGUUGGGAGUAGUUUGUGGAGAAGAUGCUAUAGAUAUAAAUGAGGGGAAGAUCCGUGUUAUACUGGAUGCUUUCAAGCCUUUGAUUUUCUCUAUUACUGUGGAGUUUCACAGUGGAGAGGAGACUGUGAUUGCCUUGAGGUAUGAUCGACUUCAUGGCUUUUGUAGGAUGUGCUCAAGCUUGAGACAUGAUCAGUCAAGGUGUCCCACAAAUAACGCUUUGGUGGAGGAUGGCGUGGGUCCGUCUGAGAAGCCAGACCAAGGAAAUAAGGCUUUGAGUUACAAAGGGGCAGUGGAGUCUCGCUCUACAGCGACAAAUGCUGGUGGGUAUAACGGGAGGCCGAAUCAACAGUCGACGGGGAGGAAUGAAGUCAAAGGAAAAGGAAUAGAUUAUGAGGGUGGAAAACAAGCUGGCUUAGCUAAAGGGGGUCCUGUACGGAAGUAUAGAGAUCAAGGGAGAUCAACGACGAGGUAUGUUCGGCAGGCGGGAUAUCUACCACCUCAGGAGCUAAGGGAUAGCUAUGCUAUAGCUACGGGGGGUAUCAAUGGUUUAAAAAAUCAGGAAGUCGGGAGUCAUCUGGAUGCACAACAAAAAUUGAUGCUAGAUGCUUUCAAGAGUGGAGGAAAAGGAGAGGGGUCAGAGUCAAAGGCUCGUAAGGCCUUGCUUUUUGAGGAAGAAAUUGCUGGAGAGGAACAUUUGGAAACAACAGGAGAGGAACGUGUAGUAGGGCCUCAAGUGCAGGAAGUUAUGGAGACAUUGGCCUUACCUAAGGAGCUUUCUAGGGAGGUGGCAAAAAGUAUGGGGGAAGUAGCUGAGAGUAAGUGCUCUGGAGUGGAGAAUGGGAGUAACCAUGUGGAACAGAGGGGAAACAAGGUGGAGGAGGUGAUUCCGGAGAUGGUGGCAGGUUUAGAUGAUGAAGAAGAUAAUUUGGAGUAUGAGAUGAUGGAGGAUGGAGAGGAUGAUGUGGCGCUGGACCAAGUUGUCUCGGAUCAGACGUUUUCAAAUGACGUGGAGAUGGUGACUGAGGGUAUUACUCACUUGGAGGAAGGUUUGCCAACUGAUGAAAGUGCUGAACUAGCUGGAGAGAAAGAGCAUCAGGUCCCAAAAAAGAAAAACGGGAAACUUAAUGCGGCGGUGAUGGGGGGGAAUGCAAAGAAGAGAUUGGUGCAGGGUUUGGUUUCUCCAAGGAAGAAGGUAAUGGCAAAGCAGGCUAGUAAGGGGGUUGAGAAGGGCCCAGCUCACACAAAGAAGGCUUCGGUGAAGCCGAAAUCUGAUCAGGACUAGGUUCCUGUUGACCUUAUGUUAAUUUUAAGUUUUAUGAAUAAGUGUUGGGCUUUUGAUAUAAAGCCUCUAUCGUUUUCUGCUCAGUUUUUUUGGUUUAAAUUGCCUCUGAUUAUGUCAGGGUGUUGGAAUAAAAGAGUUGGUUCUAGUUAUCAUAAUGGUGUUAUGUCUU